GAGCAACCAUCAUCAGCGACCACAGCUGCUGCUCCUCCUGCUUUAGUUAGUGUCGCUCAAAAUCAAACAAACAUUUCAGUUUCAGUUCCCUAGCAGCUUUCGGUUCGUUCGCAACAUUUUACAGAAGAAGCAAACAAAUCCAACGCCUCCGUGCGCUUCCAAAAAGAAAAAAAAAACAUUGUGGAGAAGAAGUUUUCUUUUCUUCUUCGGUUUGUGUUCUUUUACACUUUCUAUAUGUUACCCUUGAGUUUAACGUGCAAUUUAAAUUUAACAACAAAACAAAUUAAGAAGAAAUUAUAACCAAAUUAAAUAUUAAGUCAGAUCAAGUGUUUAUUUAUAGAGAAGAAAAUAUAAUACAAAGGAAAUAAAGCACAAAUUGCGUGGUGGUGGUUUUAAUUUUUUUAAUUUUUUGGGGAUAACAAAAUGAUAAGUGUGUCUAUUUUUUCAUUUGACCCAAUGUGUUAGCGCCAUUAACAAACAACUUAUUUAUUUAAAUUGAAAAUGUGUAUAAUGUAAUUAAAAAAUUACACCCACUCCAUCCAAUAUUGUACACCUACCUACCAACUACGUACCUAGGUACAGGAUAGGCACCCCAUUCCCAUCACCAUCCCUACCACCCAUUGAUUUGCUUAGAAAUCAUCAUCCGUAUGGAUGGAGGGUCGUAGAAUUCCAUCAACCCCUUAAAAUUAAUAUAAUAUUCCCUUUGUGAUUGUGUAAGCGUUGAGAAUAUAGCGCGUCAAGUUGAAAAGUAUAAUUGGUAACAACAAAACGAAGAAAUGCAAAAAGAAAUAAAAAAAGCAUAAUUUAAUGCAAAUCGAGACGAGUUAAUUUGUUUGAAUGAAAAAAGAAAAAAUUGUGAAAAGAAGAAACAAGUUAAAAUAUAAAAAAGGCUGGCAAAACAAUUACGUAUACGCCUACGAACCCCAAAUACACAAUUCAACCCUCCAACAACAAAUUGUGUGUUAGGCUAGGGAUACAAACAUAUGGGGUACCGUUGUUCUAUUCUCUCUUCUCCUUUCAGUUAUCCAACCCUGUGUUAUCAUCUUCAUUGCAGACAACUUUCUAUAUAAAGUGCUCUUGUGAUGUGCGGUACGGGUACGGAAACGGGUACGGGUACGGGUACGGCUACGGGUACCCAACAAUAUCCUCAAUGAUUUCGAAAUUCCAAUAAAAAUAGAUUCAACAAACAAUUGGAAAAUACCUACCUUUUGUCAGUUGGAGAAAUAUUUUUAAAGCGGAUUGUCCUGCAAUUACACAGCUAUGAAUAAUUCAACCAAAUUCAACUUUAGACGAAAACCUAAGAAGGAAUUUUGAUAAAGAACAUAAAAGAAAAAAAUCUUGCCUAAAACUAUAACCUACUUAACUUAAAUAACUAAAAAAGGACACACACACUCUUGUGUAUCCUUUGAAAAGAAUCUCUUUUUUAUUAAUAAUUCACUGUGGUUCCUGUUAAAAUUCUAAAAUAAGAAAAAAUGUUAAUAAAAGAAUAUCGAAUACCACUGCCUCUAACGGUAGAUGAAUAUCGCAUAGCUCAGCUUUAUAUGAUAGCAAAAAAAAGUCGCGAAGAAAGUCACGGUGAAGGUAGUGGUGUAGAAAUUAUCAUCAACGAACCCUAUCAAGAUGGUCCUGGUGGCAAAGGAGGACAAUAUACCAAGAAAAUCUAUCAUGUUGGAAGUCAUCUUCCAGGAUGGAUUAAAAGUCUCCUUCCGAAGAGUGCCCUAACAGUUGAAGAAGAAGCUUGGAAUGCCUAUCCGUUUACUAAAACAAGAUACACUUGUCCAUUUGUAGAAAAAUUCUCAUUAGACAUUGAAACAUAUUAUUUUCCCGAUAAUGGAUUCCAGGAAAAUGUGUUCAAAUUGUCUGGCAGUGAAUUGCGUAAUCGAAUUGUUGAUGUCAUUGAUAUUGUUAAGGAUCAACUCUAUGGAGCCGAUUAUGUCAAAGAAGAAGAUCCAAAACUUUUUAUUUCGGAAAAAACUUUCCGUGGUCCUUUAAAUGAUGAUUGGUUAGAAGAAUAUUGGCAUGAGGUCAAAGGCAAGAAACAACCUACAGCUCGAAAUAUGUCUCUUAUGUGCGCUUAUAAGAUCUGUCGGGUUGAAUUUCGUUACUGGGGUAUGCAAACUAAAUUAGAAAAGUUCAUUCAUGACGUUGCCCUCCGAAAGACAAUGGUGCGAGCCCAUCGACAAGCCUGGGCUUGGCAAGAUGAAUGGUAUGGCCUAACAAUUGAGGAUAUUCGCAAGAUUGAACAUCAAACCCAGUUAGCCUUGGCCAAGAAAAUGGGUGCCGGUGAGAGUGGAGAAGAAGAGGAAGAAGAUGAUGUUAGUCUUUCAUCGGACAAAGAUAUGGACGUCGAUAGCCAAGCAGGUACUAAGUCUAACAAAAAAGCUCUCCCACCACCAAUUGUCAAAGAAUCACCACCAAGUGUCGAAGCUAGCUCCGAAGAAGAUGAAGACGAAGAAGAAGAACCUGGUGAUAACUCGUCACAUAGUCUUCAAUUAUCCAAAUCAAAAUACAGCUCAAAAGGAGCACUUCAUUCACCUGUCGGCUCAGCGCACAGCUUCGAUCUGCAGCAGCAUGCAAAAGCUGUCCAACAUAAAAACGUUGCAAAUUGGAGAAUGGAACGCCUUGAAGUCGACUCGAAAUCAAAUUCCGAAGAGGAAUUCUUCGAUUGUCUAGAUACGAAUGAGACAAACUCUUUGGCCAAAUGGAGUUCUUUAGAAUUGCUCGACGAAGACGAUUCACCACCGGCCCAUGGUAGUCAUAUGGAUGACAGUAUUUUCAAUCAGGAUUUCCUGCAACGUGUUGCUUCCGAACGUGGCACUAAACGCCAAUUACAACAAUCGGCCAGCUUAGAUCGUAGUGAUCAUUCGCCGCCUGGAUCGCCGGGCACAUCGUGUCCAACUUCCAUAUUGAUAUUAGUUGUUCAUGCUGGAAGUGUUCUUGAUGCUUCAAGUGAACUAACAGCGAAAAAAUCAGAUGUCACAACAUUCCGUGCCGCUUUUGAAUCCAUCAUGCGUCAACACUAUCCCAGUCUCCUUUCGCAUGUCACCAUCAAGAUGGUGCCAUGUCCGUCGAUAUGUACAGAAGCAUUAGGCAUCCUCUCGAGCCUCAGUCCAUACUCAUUCGAUUCAUCACCUUCGGCGGCAGACAUUCCAAAUAUCGCUGAUGUUCCUAUUGGUGCGAUUCCUUUGCUAUCAGUGGCCUCGCCAGAAUUCCUUGAUACUGUUAACAAGACUGUUGCCGCUGCCAAUAUAGUCUACCAUGAGUUCUUGAAGAGCGAAGAUGGUCGUGGCUUUUCUGGGCAAAUUGCAAUGCUGGGUGACUCGAUGGGUUCGCUAUUGGCUUACGAAGCAUUGUGCCGUGCAAAUGGAACAAAUCGCGAUGAGGACGACCGCGUUGUUGAUAUUGAAUUAGAUGCAAAGCGCUUGCUGGUAGCUCCAUCGCCACGAAGACGACGAUCAUCGUCCUCCAGCGAUACUCGCCUGCCUAAGCUGGACUUUGAAGUGAGUGAUUUCUUUAUGUUUGGUACACCUCUGUCGAUUGUUUUGGCAUCACGAAAACUACAUGACUCGAGACAAAACUUAGUGCGACCGAACUGCCUACAAGUUUACAAUAUGUUCCAUCCUACCGAUCCGAUAGCUUCUCGUCUAGAACCGCUUCUUAGUGCGAGAUUCUCAAUGCUAUCACCAGUAAAUGUACCACGUUAUGCAAAGUAUCCACUUGGCAAUGGUCAACCUUUGCACUUGUUGGAAAUUAUUCAAUCACAUCCACAACAAUUUAGUGAUCAAUUGUAUAGUAGUCGACGGCUAUCGGAUGCUUCUAUGCAAAGCACCAUAUCAGGCUUGGUUGAAAAUGUCUCGCUUAGUACAAUUAGUUCGUUGCAACAAAAAUGGUGGGGUACAAAACGCCUCGAUUAUGCUCUCUAUUGUCCAGAGGGUCUUAGCAAUUUUCCAGCUCAUGCGCUUCCACAUUUAUUUCAUGCCAGCUAUUGGGAAAGUUCUGAUGUCAUUGCUUUUAUUUUAAGACAGAUUGGAAAAUUCGAGGGUCUACCUUUGGUUGGUUUUGAAGAUAAAGAUAACUUGUCAUUCCGUCCGGGACAACCACGUGAGAAGUGGAUUAAGAAGCGAACAUCUGUCAAACUGAAGAAUGUCGCAGCAAAUCAUCGUGCCAACGAUGUUAUCGUUCAAGAGGGACGCGAACAAAGACUCACCGCCCGUUUUAUGUACGGUCCUUUGGAUAUGAUCACGUUGGCUGGGGAAAAAGUAGACAUUCACAUUAUGAAGGAUCCCCCAGCUGGUGAAUGGACAUACCUAACAACUGAGAUUACCGAUAAGACCGGUCGUGUGGCAUAUUCACUGCCCGACGAUAGAUCCUUUGGCUAUGGAAUAUAUCCCAUCAAAAUGGUCGUUCGCGGCGAUCACACUUCGGUUGAUUGUUAUCUAGCUGUGGUGCCUCCUCUGACCGAGUGUGUUGUGUUUAGUAUUGAUGGAUCUUUCACUGCUUCGAUGUCUGUGACUGGACGUGAUCCAAAAGUCCGGGCGGGGGCAGUUGAUGUUUGUCGUCAUUGGCAGGAGUUGGGUUAUUUGUUGAUUUAUAUAACCGGACGACCGGAUAUGCAACAACAGCGUGUUGUUUCUUGGCUAAGUCAGCAUAACUUCCCUCAUGGAUUGAUUUCCUUUGCCGAUGGACUUCUAACUGAUCCCUUGGGACAUAAGACAUCGUACUUGAAUAAUUUGGUACAAAAUCAUGGAAUCUCUAUUUGUGCUGCAUAUGGAAGUAGCAAGGAUAUAACUGUUUAUACAAAUGUUGGACUUCGAGCAAGUCAGAUUUUUAUUGUUGGAAAGGUAAGCAAAAAGCUGCAAGGCACCGCCACAGUUCUUUCUGAAGGCUAUGCAGCUCAUUUAAGCUCUCUCAUGGCUGUUGGUGGUUCAAGACCAGCUCAAGGUAAUGCCAGAAUGGUAAUACCACGUGGAUGUUUCAAUUUACCUGGACAAGUAACAAAUCCUCGCCGAAGGAGGUUGCAUGAACCGGAAGCUUAACCUAAUAAUAAUUAAGAAGCAAUCAAUAUAUUUGUAGUCAGUAAUCAAAAACAAAAACUUUUAAGUAAAAAAAAAAAAACAAAACACAAAAAACGCUUUUCGAACAAAAAUGAAACAAACAAUAAACAAAACAAAAACAAAUUAAAAAAAAAACAACAAAAGUCCAAAAAUCGAUAUUUUCUUACAGCAAAGAUAAGUUACUAUCAUCGCCGAGUCGUAGUGGGUACCUGAAGCGUAAGACGUACUUUAGUAACGUUUAAAUGAAGUUAAUAUUGGCAUUAAAAAAUAACAAUGAAUUUAGACACACCUAAUAAAAAAAAGAGAAAACAAAACAGAAAAACACAAUGAAUUUUAAAAAACAAAAUGAUGUUUAUUUUUUGGAUGGAAAAUUUUGCAAAGAGAAAUAUUAAAAAUAAAUAAAAAUGGAUAACAAAAUAUAACGAAAAAAAAAAACAAAACAAAGUCGUAAUUUAUCGUUAAUCGUCACGCGGUACCUGGUUAAGAAGACUGUUUCCUCCUGUUGUUUGAUGGUGUUUCAAACUACCUAAAAUUUUAUUGAUAUUACCAAACAGAACAAAUUAAACAAAAUUAAAAAUAAAUAAUGUUAAAAACAAAAUCAAUAUAGAAUAUAUAUUUGUAAAGCUUGAGAUUAUAAUGAAAACAAUAAUGAACAAAGAUUAUAAAUUGAAUGUUAUAUGUCGUUUUUGUGUAUAUUUACAUUUAAACAAAAGUAGAUCCUUAGCAACAAAAUACAACAACAAAAAUGUUUGCUCAUAUUUGUAUAAAUAAAAGAAAAAUUGGAAAUAAAACUUUAUAUCACCAGGAAGAAUAAAGUAACUUGGAAAACAUAUUCAAGAAGAUAAUUUUUUUAGAAAACAAAAUUAACUAUACUAUUUGAUUAAAUCCUCUGUAAUGCAUUUUUAAAUUGGUGUCCUGUAGUUAAUUUAAAAGUUAAAUAAAAUUUCUAAAAAAUACUACAAUUAAACAAAAUUAAAUUAAAUUAAAUGAUAUUGAAUUCUUAUACGAAUUAAGUACUUGAAGUUCAUAUUUUGUUGUUUGACUUUUGUUUUAAUUGGAAUUUUCAAAAAGAUCAUAUAACUUUCAUUUUGUAUCAUACUUAACAUUCUAACUCUUCCUCUCUCUCUCUCUUAUUAUUUGCACUGUGAUCUUAUAGAAAACAAAAUUAUUUAUUUGUAAUUUAGAAACAUACAAAAAAGAAGUAUUUAUAUAAAACGAAAAUAGUGCACCUUUAAAAAUAAAAUAAAAGAAUAAUAAAUGAAAAUAAAUAUUCAAACACAAUAAAGAAGCUAAUAGGAUUAUAAAACAUGAUCAAAACUUAAAGUUAACCAAAAAUUUAACAGAAAACAGAAACUACUGGAAAACAAAUAAAUAAAAUAUAAUAAUACAAAAUAAUUAUUGAAAUAAACUAUAUAAGGAUUAUAUUUUUCUACGUUUCUAGAAAGAAAAAGUUAAAUAUUUUAUGCAGAAACAAAUCAACACUGAUUCAGAAAAUAUUGUAUAUAAUACAUAUUUUGAAAUAUAAAACAAUAAACAUAAAAAUAAAACCAGAGAAAAUAAAUAUAACAAAACAACAAAGAACAGAAUAUUGUUUAAAAUAUUUAAUUUAUUUUAUUUAUUUAUUUCUUUAUAAAGAAAUAUAUAACUCAAAAAAGACAACGCAGGUGAAUUGCCUGUGGGUUUCCCAUGUUUCUGAUCAUAACUAGUUUUCUAGCUGUCCUUUAAAAUUUUAACUAAAAAUGUUCUUUUUUAAAGAUAUCUUCAGUUCAUUCUUAACUUAUUUUUUCUAAUAUAAUUGAAUCCUUUCCUUUUUUUGAAUAACUGAAGAAACUAUAAGAACAAAAUUGAGUGCACUCAAUGAAUGAAUCAAAUGAAUGCAAUCAAUGUAGAGAUUGUUAAAAUAACACUGAAA